UGAAAAAGAAAAAAGUCUUUGAAACAUUCCAAAAAAAAAAAGAGAUUCGUCGUCCAUUUAAUAAGGCGUUGUUCUUUCUAUAUAUACACUCGAUAUAUAUAUUUUGCGAAUUGAGAGCCUUAAAAUAUUCAAAAUUAAUCGGUUUCUCAAAUAAAGUGUUCUGAGCAGCACAAAGUUUAAAUAUUUUAAGAAUUAGUGGAUUCAUUUGAUGUGUAUAAAUUAAGAUUUAGAAAGAUAUUCGGAAGUACAUAUAUUAAGAGAGAGUAAAAAAUAUCUUAUUAUUAUUAUUUUCUUAGAACCAAUGGCAGCAAUUCGUAAAAAAUUAGUGAUUGUUGGUGAUGGUGCUUGCGGAAAAACCUGUCUGCUGAUUGUGUUCAGUAAAGAUCAGUUUCCUGAAGUUUAUGUGCCAACAGUUUUCGAGAAUUAUGUUGCCGAUAUUGAAGUUGAUGGAAAGCAGGUCGAGUUGGCUUUAUGGGAUACCGCUGGACAAGAAGACUAUGACAGAUUACGUCCUCUGAGUUAUCCAGAUACAGAUGUUAUUCUGAUGUGCUUCUCCGUAGAUUCACCAGAUUCAUUGGAAAAUAUUCCAGAAAAGUGGACACCCGAAGUAAAACACUUUUGUCCGAAUGUACCAAUCAUUUUAGUCGGUAAUAAAAAAGAUCUCAGAAAUGAUCCGCACACAAUCAAAGAAUUGGCUAAAAUGAAGCAAGAGCCGGUGAAAACGUCGGAAGGCAAAGCGAUGUUUGAAAAAAUAAACGCAUUUGCAUAUUUGGAAUGUUCAGCCAAAUCAAAGGAAGGUGUACGUGAAGUAUUUGAAACAGCCACAAGAGCUGCAUUGCAAGUGAAAAAGAAGAAGAAGAAUCGAUGUAUUUUACUUUAAAUUUGCCUUCUUCUCCUCUUCUUUUACUUCCUCGCAAAAAAAAAAUCAUGAGUAAAAACUUCCCCCGACUUCGUUUUUCGUGAAUAUCCAUCGAGCUGUAAUUUACACAACACAACAAAUCAACAACAAAAAAAAAAUACGAUAAUAUAAAAAGUAAUAAUAAUUAUUAUAAUCUACCUAACAUACACACACACACAGAUAAAUACAUAAAUAGAUUUUUUGCAUGAUCAACUCAAAAUUUAAGAAGAAAAUUGUCCAUCUACAGAAACUGUUUUUGAGAAACUGAUUUAUUUAAAAGAAAUUCCAUUAAUCGACACUCAUUAAGAAGAAGAAGAAAAAAAAAGCUAAUUCUUUCAAGGAAAAAGAAGAUUUAAAAAUUAAUAGUAUAUAAUACUAAUUUCUUGUAUGUGGGAUAAUAAUUAAUUAUUUCCGCCUUUAAUUGUUGGAGCUCUUUGAUAAUGAAGCUUCGCCUUUUUGAAAAAAGAGAGAUGAUGAUGAUGAUGAUGUGUGAAACAUGAUUUCUCUUUCGUUUUAAUUAAAUUCAUUAUCCUUCUGUUCUUUUAUACGUUUAACAAUAAAAAAAAUAUAUAUUAUAUAUAAAAAUGAUCCUUUCUUUUCAUCAUAUCCAGAUCAUUUCUUUCUCCUUAAAGUAUAGUCAGCUAUAAUUUCUCUUCCUUAAUCAUAAUGAAAAUUAAAGAUUUGGCAGGUUAUCUUGCAACUAAAAGCAAAUCAUUAAGAGAUUAUAAACAUGCAGAAAGCAAAAUAAUAUUUGUAUUUAAAUUAAUUAAUUUUUUUUCUAUGUUGUUCUUAUUAGUAAUUUGUUGUGGCAAAAAUUUCCCACUUAGCAAAUCGAGGAAAACGUUUUUGUGUCAAUCCACUGCGAGAUAAUUGAAUGCUUUUUUUCUGUAGCUAAUAAUAGAAAACGAUAUAUUAAAAAAUAUUAUGAUUUUAUAUUAUAUUUUUAAAAGAAAAAUCAUGAAAAGUAAAUUUAAUUAAUUAACAACUUUGAUGGCAAUUUUUUUAUAUUAUUGAAUGAACGAAAUAUUUCACUUUACGAAGACAAAAAAAUCAUAUGUUGGGAAAUAUGAGAAAUGCGCAGCAAUUGAUGAAUAUAUAGUUUGAAGAAUUUGAUCUGAAAUAGCUAGAAAAAUAUUUGAAAGCAGCACAACAGUCCAAAAUUAAUCAUGGAAUUGUAAGGUUUUCUUUAAAGCUAUUUUAGACUCAACAUUCUUCAGACGACCUCAUAUAUUAAUAGAUAAAAGUUUUUUUAUGUGCUCUAUCAAUCAACUUAAUGAAGCAUAUAAUCCUUGAUUGUGAAAAGAACAUCUUGUUUCUAUAAAAUUUAAUAGAUUUUGCAUUUAAAAUUCCGAAAAUGAAUCUUUUCAGAUCAUCAAACAUUUGAGAAAGUUGACGAACAUUAAUUUAUAUCAGAAACGAACCAUUACUCUUUUUAUUUGUAUUCGUCAUAUAUAAGCUCAUAUUUUCUGUGUUUAAUUUGGAUCAUUUAUUCACUUUUUCCUGAUUAUUUUAUUAAACAUUUUUUUUGUGUAAAUUUUUCAACUUUUUUUGACAAAAAAAUUUCAUUUUUUUUUGCAUAAAUGCUUAUUUUUGUGGGAUGGAGAUUUAAAAAAAAGAAAAGAAGGAAAAAGAUUUUAAAAAUUCCUAACUUGGAACUAUGAAAAGGGAAAUAAACCAAUUUAUUAUUACAUGAAAUUAAUAUAAACAAACAAAAAACAGAAAAAAAGAAUAAAAAAUAAAAAUAUUAUUAGACCAAAAAAAGGUAAAAAACAAAAUUACUUUCAUUAUCAUUUUUUAAUUUGAUUUCCAUUAUCCUUACUCCCUGAUUAUCCCCCACCCCCACACCUAUCAUAUGUAUUUUCAGAAAUUCGAUUAAUUUUUUGUUCUUAGUUGAUAGAGGAAGUUUGCACAAUCUAUACAAAACUUUUUGGAUAAAGACUUUCCCAUCUAGGAACCCUCACCGACAUAUAAUAAACAUUAUAAAAUAUUUAAGCAUGUUUGAUUAAAAAUCCUUCAAAAUAACAUUUUAAUACUCAUGAUCUAUCUAUUUCCAUUGCUAAGCACAAAGGCUCCCGAAUAGGUAGCAAAUAAAUUAUUUAAAAUCAUUUCAUAUUUUUCCAUUAAAACCAUUGAUGACAGUUAUUCAAAUCUUACAAUUUA